AUGGAUACUUCUCCCACCUCUAACGAGACCAUCACGGUCUCCUCCGGUUCACAAAAAUCACUCCUCAACGUUAACAUGACGAACGUCACAAAGCUCACAUCUACCAACUUCCUGAUGUGGAGCCGUCAAGUUCAUGCCUUGCUUGAUGGCUAUGACUUGGCUGGCUACGUCGACGAUUCGAUCAUCAUACCGUCUCCCACAGUCACAACUGCUGAUGUCGUGACUCAGAAUCCGGCUUACCUACUGUGGAAAAGGCAAGAUAAGCUGAUCUACAGUGCGCUUCUUGGUGCAAUCACCAACUCCAUUCAGCCCCUUCUCUCCACCGCCGAAACCGCUGCCGAGAUCUGGACGAUCCUUUCGUCCACCUAUGCGAAACCGAGCCGUGGCCAUCUCAAACAACUCAAGCAUCAAAUCAAACAGUGGACUAAAGGACUCCCUGACGACUACAAGACCGUUGUUGAUCAGAUUGAAGGUCGAGAUGUUGCGCCUUCCCUCACUGAAAUCCAUGAGAAGCUGUUGAACCAUGAGGCAAAACUUCAAGCAACCUCCACGGUGGGCUCUUAUGGUCCGAUAUCUGCAAAUGCUGUCUCAUUCAAGGGACAGCCGAGAAACAACUACCAAGGACAGUCGAGAGGCAACAAUCGCAACAAUCAAACAUGGCAGCAGCAGCAGUUUCAACAACGCCCAAAUCAGAACUCCCCACGACCUUACCAGUCUCACGACUCGACGGCUCCGAGGGGAUAUCAAGGAAGAUGCCAGAUCUGUGGUGUUCAUGGCCACAGCGCACGCACGUGCCCUCAACUGCCUCAAUAUGGUAGUUCCUCCAACUACACACCUCGUGCUCCUACUCCAUGGCAGCCGAGAGCGAACAUGGCUGCAGCCACAUCCUCUGACAACUGGCUCCUUGACAGUGUCGCGUCGCAUCAUCUUACGUCCGAUCUGAACAAUCUCUCUCUACAUCAACUCUACAACGGUGGUGAAGAAGUGACCAUCGCAAAUGGCUCUCGCCUUCCCAUCUCGCACACUGGUUCAGCUUUUCUUCCUACUCAAUCCCAUUUUCUCACCCUAAAGAAUGUCUUAUAUGUUCCUAAUCUCUACAAAAACCUCAUAUCAGUUUACCGUUUAUGUAACGCUAACCAAGUCUCUGUGGAAUUCUUUCCUGUCCAUUUUCAGGUGAAGGAUCUGAGAACGGGGGCGCGGUUACUCCAAGGCCAAACUAAGGAUGAGCUAUAUGAGUGGCCGAUGUCGACCAAGAACACCAUCUCCCUGUUUGCUUCCCCAACUCCAAAAACCGCCUCUCACACUUGGAAUUCUCGACUCGGACACCCUUCUCCAUCUGUUUUAAAAACUAUUGUUUCUCAAUUUGCUUUGCCUUUUUCUGAUUCUUCAAACAACCACUCGUCCUGUUCCCACUAUCUCAUUAAUAAAAGUCACAAGUUACCAUUUUACUCAAACACCAUCUCUUCUACCAAACCUCUUCAAUACAUCUAUUCUGAUGUCUGGUCAUCACCCAUUGUCUCCGUUGACAACUUCAAAUACUACGUAAUUCUCGUUGAUCACUAUACUCGCUACUCGUGGCUCUAUCCACUCAAGCGAAAAUCUGAUGUUCGGGAAACGUUUAUUGCCUUCAAGUCACUGGUGGAAAACCGUUUCCAGCAGAAGAUCCAAACGAUGUACUCCGACAACGGCGGUGAGUUCAUUGCUCUCCGUUCCUUUCUCACAACCAACGGGAUUACACAUCUGACGUCUCCGCCGCAUACGCCGGAACACAACGGUGUCGCUGAGAGAAAGCACAAGCAUAUCGUCGAGACAGGCCUCACUCUGCUCCACCAGGCAUCCAUGCCCAAAAGCUAUUGGACUUAUGCCUUCGCAGCAGCCAUCUAUCUCAUCAAUCGAUUGCCUGCUCCACUUCUGCAAAAUGAGUCACCCUACACUAAGCUCUUCCAUCAACAACCAAAUUACCUCAAACUCUGUGUCUUCGGCAGCCUCUGUUUUCCUUGGCUGCGUCCGUAUGCAAACCACAAACUUGAUGACCGGUCGGCUCCUUGUGUCUUCUUUGGAUAUUCACUCACACAGAGUGCCUAUCUGUGCCUGGACCGAACCUCUGGCCGGAUCUACACAUCACGUCAUGUCCGGUUUGUUGAAUCGGAGUUCCCAUUUGCUGCAACUCCACCUCAAACUCCGUCAUCCAAAUCUUGUCUCGAGUCGCCAACCUACUCAAAUUCCCAUACCUUUGUUCCGGUUCCGACAUCGUCACUCAUAGCUGCUCCUCCGGCGUCCCCCAUCCCGGAUCCUCACCACACGAGUCCACCGUCACCGGCACCAGACAGUCGUCCGGUUCCGUCGGCGGCGGACACACAUCGUGUCUUAGAUCUGCCGAAUCAGGUAGAAUCUAACUUGAAUUUGGGUUUGGCAGGAAAUUCCACGGGCCCAACCACCUCCACUCAUCACUCCGGCCCAUCCUCACCGAACCCAACUCCGCUUACUCACCACACAAGCCCAUCCUCCUCAAAUAACUCAACAAGCUCAUCUUCCUCUAAUCACCAAACAAGCCCAACUCCAUCCCCAAGCCCAAAUCCUGAACCAAAUCCGACCCUCGAACCAGACCCUCCGAACAAAGCUCGUUGGGUAGCUCGCGGCUUCACACAGAAGUACGGAAUCGACUACGCUGAGACUUUCAGCCCGGUUGUGAAAUCCAUUACCAUCCGCGUUGUUCUCCAAUUGGCGGUCAGUUGUGGCUGGACAAUCAAGCAACUUGACGUCAAUAAUGCCUUUCUCCACGGAACUCUGACGGAGGAAGUCUACGUUACUCAACCACCUGGUUUCGUUGACAAGGAUCGCCCCAACCACGUCUGUCGUCUUCGCAAGGCCCUUUACGGUCUCAAACAGGCUCCACGAGCCUGGUAUCAAGAGCUCCGUGGUUUUCUUCUCCAACUGGGUUUUCAGAACUCUGUCGCUGACACCUCUGUUUUUGUGUACAUCAAAGGUACUGACCUUGCCUACACUCUCGUCUACGUUGACGACAUAGUAAUUACCGGCAGUAACACCACUCUCGUCGCUCACUUCAUCAAUGCAUUGGCGAAUCGGUUCUCGUUAAAAGAUCCCGCGGAUCUACAUUAUUUUCUGGGAAUUGAGGCUAUUCGCACUCCUAAGGGACUCCACCUGAUGCAGCGCAAGUACAUCCUCGAUUUACUGGUCAAAACCAAUAUGGUGGAUGCAAAACCUGUUCUCACUCCUCUCGCUCCUCAUCCACGCCUCAUCCUACAUGAUGGAUCUCCAAAACUUGAGAAACCGAGUGAGUAUAGAAUGGUAGUUGGAAGUUUGCAAUAUCUGGCUUUCUCUCGGCCGGACAUUGCUUAUGCAGUGAAUCGGCUCUCGCAAUUCAUGCAUUCACCGUCUGAGACACAUUGGCAAGCUGCAAAGAGGGUGUUGCGUUACUUGGCAGGCACCUCCUCUCACGGUAUUUAUCUCCGAGCCGACACUCCUCUCAAUCUUCAUGCGUACUCAGACGCAGAUUGGGCCGGAGAUAGAGACGAUUAUGUCUCCACUAAUGCUCAUAUUCUCUAUCUCGGCAAGACCCCCAUCGCAUGGGCUUCACGGAAACAGAAAGGCGUCUCUCGGUCGUCUACGGAGGCCGAAUACAGAGCCGUUGCAAACACGGCAUCGGAGAUUCGUUGA